AUGAUGAUCACAGAAGGGUGUUAUCCAAGUCCUAGGAUAUUUAAUUCUCUUGUUCAUGCUUAUUGUAGAUCUGGAGAUUAUGCUUAUGCCUAUAAGUUGCUAAAGAAAAUGGUGCUAUGUAGGUGCGAACCAGGUUAUGUGGUUUACAAUAUAUUGAUUGGUGGUAUUUGCUGCAACGAGGAGCCAAGGAAGGAUGCGUUAGACUUGGCUGAGAAAGCCUAUGGUGAAAUGCUUGAAGCAGGGGUUGUCUUAAAUAAGGUCAACGUCAGCAAUUUUUCUCGAUGUCUUUGUGGGAUUGGAAAAUUUGAGAAGGCAUAUAAUGUUAUCUGCGAAAUGAUGAGUAAGGGUUUUGUACCUGAUACCAAUACAUAUUCAAAAGUGAUUGGUUAUUUGUGCAAUGCAUCCAAAGUAGAGAAGGCUUUUCAGUUGUUUCAAGAAAUGAAAAGGAAUGGUAUUGCUCCAGAUGUGUAUGUAUAUACUACACUAAUUGAUAGUUUUUGUAAAGCUGGUUUAAUAGAACAGGCUCGCACCUGGUUUGAUGAAAUGGAAAGAGAUGGUUGUGCCCCAAAUGUUGUGACUUAUACUGCUCUCAUACAUGCUUACCUUAAAUCUAGGAAGGAGUCUAAGGCAAAUGAAGUUUUUGAGAUGAUGCUGUCCAAAGGUUGUACUCCUAAUAUUGUCACAUAUACAACUUUAGUUGAUGGUCUUUGUAAAGCAGGGAAGAUCGAAAAAGCUUGCCAGAUUUAUGCAAGAAUGAAGAAGGAAAAUGUGGAAACCUCAGAUGUUGAUAUUUAUUUCAGGGUUAUUGAUAGUGCUUUGAAUGAACCAAAUGUUUUUACAUAUGGAGCUUUGGUUGAUGGAUUGUGCAAAGCCCAUCAGGUCAAAGAGGCAAGGGAUUUGCUAGAAUCAAUGUCAGUGGCAGGUUGUGAGCCAAACCAUAUUGUAUAUGAUGCCCUUAUAGAUGGGUUUUGCAAGGCUGGCAAGCUGGAGGAAGCACAAGAAGUGUUUACCAAGAUGUUGGAUUGUGGGUAUGAUCCAAAUGUAUAUACUUACAGCUCUUUGAUUGACAGGUUGUUUAAGGAUAAACGGUUAGAUCUUGCCUUGAAAGUAUUGUCCAAAAUGCUAGAAAAUUCAUGUUCUCCCAAUGUGGUUAUUUACACUGAGAUGAUUGAUGGCCUCUGCAAAGUUGGAAAGACAGAUGAAGCUUACAAGCUUAUGCUUAUGAUGGAAGAAAAGGGAUGUAAUCCAAAUGUUGUAACUUAUACUGCAAUGAUCGAUGGCUUUGGAAAAGCAGGGAGAGUUGAAAAAUGCCUUGAGCUGUUGCAACAAAUGGGUUCCAAGGGCUGUGCUCCAAAUUUUGUGACCUAUAGGGUUUUGAUAAACCACUGCUGUUCUGCUGGCCUUUUAGAUGAUGCCUACAAACUUUUAGAAGAGAUGAAACAGACAUACUGGCCAAGGCACGUAGCAGGUUAUCGUAAAGUCAUUGAAGGUUUCAAUCGUGAAUUUAUAGCUUCUCUUGAUCUUUUAGUUGAGAUGAGCGAAAAUGAUUCAGUGCCAAUUUCUCCUGUUUAUAGAGUCCUGAUUGAUAAUUUUAUCAAGGCUGGAAGACUAGAGAUGGCUCUUGAGCUGAAUGAAGAGCUCUCAUCAUUUUCACCAUUUUCUGCUGCCAAUCAGAAAAUAUACAUUUCUUUGAUUGAGAACUUGUCACUUGCACAUAAAGUUGAUAGGGCUUUUGAGUUGUAUGCGGACAUGAUCAGUAGGGGCGGUAUUCCAGAGCUAAGCAUUUUAGUUCACCUUAUUAAAGGGCUACUCAGAGUCAACAGAUGGGAAGAAGCAUUGCAACUGUUAGAUAGCAUAUGUCAAAUGGAUAUCCAUUGGGUCCAAGAACAAGAAACAGCUCAUACCACGGCUGCGUAUGCAUACAUUGCUAAUCAAGUGUUUAUUGUAGCUGUCUUGAAUUAUGAAGAGGAUGUGGCAGCCUACACAGUGAAAGCAGCGACAGAUCCGAGGGCUGCUAAUCGUGUUGUCAUCUACAGGCCCCCAGGAAACAUUGUUUCUCAACUAGAUAUAAUAUCUUCUUGGGAGAAAAAGACUGGACGAACUUUCAAAAAAAUCUAUGUCCCUGAGGAAGAAAUUGUGAAGCUCUCAGAGUCCUUGGCCUUCCCAGAAAAUAUCCCAGUGUCUAUCCUGCACAACAUAUUCAUCAAAGGUGAUCAGAUGAGCUUUGAACUCACAGCAGAAGAUUUGGAGGCCUCCAAGCUAUAUCCUGACUACAAGUACACUUCAGUUGACUGUCUCCUUGACAUUUGCUUGGUCAAUCCUCCUAAGCCCAAAUUAGCAGCAUUCUCAUAA